UUCGAAAAAUGGAAAAAGUACCAGGCGUAAAGAGUUUAUCCGUGCAGCCAAUGGCGAGAUAAGGACCAACGGCGAUGGAUCUGCAUGUUUUCUCCCUGAAGCGGGUUUCACGCUGACAAUGGUGUCGAAGGAGGAAAAAACGCAUAUUUUCUCGCAAUUCCAUUGAAAGCAAAUUUACUCAUGGAGAAAGGAGCCAGUCGGGAGUCAUGAGCACAGCCUGUGUUGCGGCUGGAGGGGGUUAAAUCCUUUGUCUUAAAACAUCUGUCCUGCUGUUGAUGCAACAAGUCGGGCUUAAUAAUGAGCGGCGGCGUUAACAUCUCACAGAAAUCACUUCACAUCUGUCGAGGUGUGAAGAAGCCUCCAUUAGCUCCCAAACCUAAACUCCCCACUACCACCACCAAACCCUCUCCCCCACCCAUCGCCCCCAAACCAGGUCUCCUCUCCCAGCCAUCCCAACCCUCCCCUGCCACUCUCAAGAGGGCAAAACCAGCUGUCGCCCCUAAACCAUGCAUCCCCAGAUCCACAGCCUCCUCUCCUCCCGUUUCACCCCCACCACCCAAACCCCCUGAACCCAUUAUCCUAUCUCAGGAAAAGCAGGAGGCUUUAGAUGAUAGCCUCUCUCUUCUCAACUCCAGAAAUGGGAUUUUAUCAGAGACUCGCAGACGUGAAUCGGAUUACAUCAUUUCCACCUGCCCCUGUGGGCUGGAGGACCAGUGUCAGCCUCUGGAAAAUGGAAAUGCAACCGAGACUGGAGGCGAGUUGCACAACGAGCUGUUGCAGAAUGGGAUUUCUACAGAGGGAUUCGCAGGGACGAGGCCACAAGAGAAGGGAGAAAACCAGGAGGAGGGAGUGGCUGUAGAUAAGGGUGAAGGUGGACGGAUUAGCAAAAAGCCCAGGGAUAAACCUCAGAGGCAGAGACACCAAGACAAGGGAUCGGUAAACAAAGAGGCACAGAGGACUGAGGAGCAGAAGGCCAACAUUUCAGAGACUGUACAACAUCAGGAAAGUGCUGAGCCUGAUGCUUCAAAAGCAGAUGUACCGACAGAGGCCCAAAACACAGAUCCAACAGACUCUACAUCAGCCUGUGAUGUUGCAGGCAGCAUCAUUGUCUCUUCAACUAUUACUUUUCCUGAGUCUUCUGCAGAACACCUUCAGGUAGAGAGCAGUGAUCUUAUCAGCAAAGCCUCUCCUACCAGGUUACACCCUGAUCUGCAGGUCCCUGCUGCCCCCAGUAAGCCUCUCCCAGUCCCUCACCCACGUAAGCUUAAAAAGCCGGCCCUGGUGAGGCAGGAUCGCGUGGAGGGCGCUGCCCAGGAUCAGGUGGUGGAGGAACAAAAACAAGGACUUGAGACACAGGAAGCUCAGGUGAAACUGAGUUCAGAGAGUGAGGAGCUCAGACAGGACACAUGUGAUGAUGCUGUAACCCCAACGGACUUUAGUUUGGGAGAUGAUGACACCAACGCGCCCGUCCCGCCUCCUCGGCAGACUUCCCUCUCACCUCGCCUCCACAGAACACUCCACAUGUUCCCCUCUCUAAACAAGCACACCUCCCACUCUUUAGACCUGCUCUCACAACCAGACUACGAGAAAGAGGACGAGGAGCAGCGGGUGGAGGAAGAUGAGGAGGACGGGUACGGCGACUUUGAGCGGUACCCGAUCACUCACAGCCUCCCCAAACAGAUCAAACUGGGCUGUCACCCUCCUCUGGCUCACUCCAGGAAGGCCUUUUCUGCUGAGGAUCAACAGUCGCCGAGGGCUCCACCUAGAAAGCCUCAGAGACACAGCCUGCCAGCACCUCCUCCACCCUCCAUCUGCCCUCCUGCCCCUCCACAUGCUAAUACCCCCAUGAGAGAGCUGCCUGCGCCUCCUCAGGAGAAAACCGCCUGGCGCUUCACGCGACCCUGCGUGACCUUCUUCAGCAGACAAAUGCCCACCAGGAGCAGUGUGCCACCAAAGAGCCGAGCUCCAGGGCUGGGGGGCAAACAGAGGGCGCAGUCCUUCUCUGCAGCUGACCUGGCAACCCGGGCCAACUCUCAAAAGAGGAGCCUCUCUUUCCGAAAGCUGCUGGAGCUCCGGCUGUCGGUGAAGAUGCUGCCAAAGCUGCUGGCCAAGGGAGGGCAGUCGCUGGACUGUACCAGCGUGGAGUCCACUGGGGGGGAGAGGAGCCUGGAGCGGCCCAACAGCUGCAUCGUGGAGACAGAUAUUUGCGGAGAAGGUGUGGAGGAAUCAGUGGAGUAUGAGAAUGUGCCUCUGUAUGAGGAGAUCCCAGAGUACAUGAACCUGCCGUUUCACAGCGCCAGGCUCGGCUGGCCACACGACCCAGAUGCUGAUGAUUCCGACAUCUACGAGGUGCAGGACCCCUAUCACCGGUGCCAAGACCACGAGUACGAGAGCGGUUGGCUGGGCCAGGACGUCCACUCCGAGGAGGAGGAGAUCCACAGCUCAGACGAGGAGGACAACAGCUCCACCUCCAGUAAGGAGCACCUGGACGAGGCAGACAGACAGCAGGAGGAUGAGAUGAAGAGGAAGAAGGUGGUGCACAUCGCCCAGGAAAUCAUGAGCUCGGAGAAAGUGUUUGUGGACGUCCUGAAGCUUCUACACAUAGACUUCCGGGAUGCUGUUGCCAAGGCAACCCGUCAGAAUGGGAAGCCGGUGGUGGAUGAGCGGAUCCUCAGUCAGAUCCUGUACUACCUGCCUCAGCUGUACCAGCUCAACAGAGACCUGCAGAGAGAGCUGGAGGAGAGAGUGGCACACUGGAGCGACCACCAGAGACUGUCAGACAUAUUUGUCCAGAAGGGUCCGUACCUGAAGAUGUACUCCACCUACAUCCGCCAGUUCGACAACAACGUGGCUCUGUUAGACGAGCAGUGCAGGAAGAACCCCGCGUUUGCUGCUGUUGUCCGAGAGUUCGAGAUGAGUCCGAGAUGUGCCAGCCUGGCUCUGAAACACUACCUGCUGAAACCAGUGCAGAGAAUCCCUCAGUACCAGCUGCUGCUCACAGAUUAUCUGAAGAACCUCCCAGAAGACUCUGAGGAUUAUAAAGACACACAAGCUGCUCUGAGCAUAGUGAAGGAAGUGGCCAACCACGCUAACGACAUUAUGAAACAAGGGGACAACUUUCAGAAGCUGAUGCAGAUCCAGUACAGUCUCAAUGGUCACCACGAGAUCGUGCAGCCGGGCAGGGUGUUUCUGAAGGAGGGCACCCUGAUGAAACUGUCCAGGAAAGUCAUGCAGCCUCGGAUGUUUUUUCUGUUUAAUGAUGCACUCAUGUACACCACUCCGGUCCAGUCUGCACAGUAUAAACUCAACAGUGUUCUCUCUCUGGCUGGGAUGAAGGUGAGUAAGCCCAGCCAGGAGGCCUAUCAGAACGAGCUGAACAUUGAGAGCGUUGAGCGCUCCUUCAUCCUGUCUGCCAGCUCAGCAACAGAGAGAGACGAGUGGCUGGAGGCCAUCGCCAAGGCCAUAGACGACUACACGAAGAAGAAAAUAACCUUCAUUUCAAGCCGAAGUCAAGAAGAGGCAGAGGGUGUUGUCGACAGCGGGGCGCCGUUAGGCUCAAAGGCUCCCAUCUGGAUCCCAGACCUGAGGGCCACCAUGUGCAUGAUCUGUACCUGCGAGUUCACCCUCACCUGGAGGAGGCAUCACUGUCGCGCCUGUGGAAAGGUGGUGUGUCAGGCCUGCUCUGCCAAUAAGUACUACCUGGAGUACUUGAAGAACCAACCAGCUCGUGUGUGUGAUCACUGCUUUGCCAAGCUGCAGGAGAACAGUGACCGCUGUGCCUCAACAUCAGUUUCUCCCAUCAAAUCUGGAGCAUUCUCCUUCACCAGAAAACAGAAGAAGAUUCCCGCUGCACUAAAAGAGGUGUCUGCAAACACAGAGAACUCCUCCAUGAGCGGCUACUUGAACAGGUCAAAAGGCAACAAGAAGCAGUGGAAGAGGCUGUGGUUUGUCAUCAAGAAUAAAGUCCUGUACACCUACGCUGCCAGCGAGGACGUGGCAGCGUUGGAGAGCCAACCUUUGCUGGGUUUCUUCCUGAGAGAGGAGAAGAACGGGCCGGCUCAGAAGCUGCAGUUCAAGCUGUAUCACAAAAAUACACUGUUUUACAUCUUCAAGGCUGAUGACAUCCCCACAGCACAGAGAUGGAUCGAAGCCUUCCAGGAGGCGAUGAUUCUUGAACAGUAAGCCCCUGUUCAGCAGUGAAGUCAUACCACAGCCCCGGAGUCAAGUUGAUAGACAACUUACGGCCCCCGAUUAAUCGCAGGUCAGGGGUCACCAGCUCAGGAAGGACUCCAGGUGGACUGUCUACCUUUAACGGAAACCUGCUGCAGAGCGCCACAAACUGUGCGUGGAAACCAGACUGCUUUGCCCUCAAAAGAACCAGAUUCUGUUUCACUAUUUUAUUUUUUUUUAUACCAACGACAGCCUCUGAUGCUCAGCAGUGCCGGCUGAGGUCAGAGCUGCAGCUGUGGGUCAACGGUCAAGUCCAGAAGCAUGUGUGUGGAAGUGAGACCAAACAGUUGUCCGGGCCUUUUGAAGCCCUGGGAAAUCCUCGGAAGUCUGAAGUCUGGGAAGGAUUUUAAAAUGCUGUCGGGUGAAGGAAUCACAAAAAAUGCAUGAGCUGUCCACCCUGAUUCAAACCUUUGUAUUUGCUGCACAGUAGUAUUAAAACCUACUGUGUGUCUUUAUUCAAACACAAAUAACCCAAACUAUUAUCUGCAUCAUAGACGCAGAGUAUCAUGGAUGUCUGUAAGGAGAAUAAUUAUGUAACAAGGUGGGAUUUUACUGUGAAAAUCAGGCUUUAACAAAAAAAAACAUACAUAUUUUUCUUUUUAGGUUCGUCUCUCUGGUUAAGAGAUUUUCCUGCUAGAUUUUUAGAUGUAAAAUACCAAACCUUUCAUGAUCAUGAUAUUAAAAAACAACAUCCUGGAGACAACUGGAAAUGUCAGGAACAUUGUAGAUAUUUUUAAAUACAAAAUGUAUUUUUUGCCUGUUUAGCCACAUUAGAAAAGGUUAAAGGGUAAUGCUGUGUAUAUGGACAUGAAAGAGCAACAAUGACCUUUUUU